GCGGAGGUGGAGACUGCCGAGUGGUGGCAGCGGCGGCGGUGGCGGCGGCGUCGACGCUGUAGCAUCCUUGCCUCCUUCCUCCGCUGUAGCCACCGUUGAGCCCAGCCGCAAAGGCCGGGUAAAGCAUCCUUCCUCUCCCGCCAGUGGUGAGUCUAAAAGCUGGGAACCAUGACAACUCACGUAACCCUGGAAGAUGCUCUGUCCAAUGUGGACCUCUUGGAGGAGCUGCCAUUACCAGAUCAGCAGCCAUGCAUUGAGCCACCUCCAUCAUCCAUUAUGUACCAGGCCAACUUUGAUACAAAUUUUGAAGACAGAAAUGCUUUUGUAACUGGUAUUGCUAGAUACAUUGAGCAAGCAACAGUGCAUUCUAGCAUGAAUGAGAUGUUGGAGGAAGGGCACGAAUAUGCAGUAAUGCUUUAUACUUGGAGGAGCUGCUCCAGAGCUAUUCCCCAGGUAAAGUGUAAUGAGCAGCCAAACCGAGUAGAGAUUUAUGAGAAGACAGUGGAAGUCUUAGAGCCAGAAGUGACAAAACUUAUGAAGUUCAUGUACUUUCAGAGAAAGGCCAUUGAACGAUUCUGUAGUGAGGUCAAGCGUUUGUGCCAUGCAGAGAGAAGGAAAGACUUUGUUUCAGAAGCCUAUCUACUGACAUUGGGAAAGUUUAUCAAUAUGUUUGCAGUCUUGGAUGAACUGAAGAACAUGAAGUGCAGUGUCAAAAAUGACCAUUCUGCUUACAAAAGAGCAGCCCAGUUUUUAAGAAAAAUGGCUGAUCCUCAGUCUAUUCAGGAAUCACAGAACCUCUCGAUGUUCCUAGCAAACCAUAAUAGAAUCACUCAGUGCCUGCAUCAGCAGCUGGAAGUGAUCCCUGGUUAUGAAGAACUGUUGGCUGAUAUUGUCAACAUCUGUGUGGAUUACUAUGAAAACAAGAUGUAUUUGACACCCAGUGAGAAGCAUAUGCUCUUGAAGGUGAUGGGUUUUGGUUUGUACCUGAUGGAUGGAAAUGUCAGUAAUAUUUAUAAAUUAGAUGCCAAGAAGAGAAUCAACCUCAGCAAAAUUGAUAAAUUCUUCAAGCAGCUGCAGGUGGUUCCUUUAUUCGGCGAUAUGCAGAUAGAGCUGGCCAGAUACAUUAAGACCAGUGCUCACUAUGAGGAGAACAAAUCCAAAUGGACAUGCACUCAGAGCAGCAUCAGUCCACAGUAUAACAUCUGUGAACAGAUGGUACAGAUCCGAGACGAUCAUAUCCGGUUUAUCUCUGAACUUGCUCGCUACAGCAACAGUGAGGUUGUAACAGGCUCAGGAUUGGACAGUCAGAAGUCAGAUGAGGAAUAUAGGGAGCUUUUUGACCUGGCUUUACGGGGACUUCAACUUUUGUCCAAGUGGAGUGCACAUGUGAUGGAAGUGUAUUCUUGGAAGCUAGUCCAUCCCACUGAUAAGUUCUGUAACAAAGAUUGUCCAGGCACUGCUGAAGAGUAUGAGAGAGCUACAAGAUACAAUUAUACCAGUGAGGAAAAGUUUGCUUUUGUGGAGGUUAUUGCUAUGAUCAAGGGCCUGCAAGUGCUCAUGGGUCGCAUGGAGAGUGUCUUUAACCAGGCUAUCAGGAACACGAUCUAUGCUGCUCUACAGGACUUUGCUCAGGUGACCCUAAGAGAGCCGCUGAGGCAAGCGGUCAGGAAGAAGAAAAAUGUCCUCAUCAGUGUUCUUCAGGCAAUUAGAAAGACAAUCUGUGAUUGGGAGGGAGGACGUGAGCCUCCAAAUGAUCCCUGUCUGAGAGGGGAGAAAGAUCCCAAAGGUGGUUUUGAUAUCAAAGUCCCACGACGAGCUGUUGGACCUUCAAGCACACAGCUUUAUAUGGUAAGAACCAUGUUAGAAUCCCUCAUUGCAGACAAGAGUGGUUCAAAGAAGACUCUUAGAAGCAGCCUGGAUGGACCAAUAGUUCUGGCCAUUGAAGAAUUCCAUAAACAGUCGUUCUUCUUUACGCAUCUUCUCAAUAUAAGUGAAGCCCUCCAACAGUGCUGUGAUUUGUCCCAACUUUGGUUCCGGGAAUUUUUUCUGGAGUUGACCAUGGGUCGCCGAAUUCAGUUCCCCAUUGAGAUGUCAAUGCCCUGGAUUCUAACUGAUCACAUCCUGGAUACCAAAGAACCCUCCAUGAUGGAAUAUGUACUCUACCCACUGGAUCUCUACAACGAUAGCGCUUAUUAUGCUUUGACCAAGUUUAAAAAGCAGUUUCUCUAUGAUGAAAUUGAAGCAGAAGUGAACUUGUGUUUUGAUCAGUUUGUGUAUAAACUGGCAGAUCAAAUCUUUGCUUACUAUAAAGCAAUGGCUGGCAGUGUUUUACUGGAUAAGCGCUUCCGGGCUGAAUGUAAAAAUUAUGGAGUGAUUAUCCCUUACCCACCAUCCAAUCGCUAUGAAACUUUGCUCAAACAAAGACAUGUCCAGCUGCUAGGCAGGUCAAUUGACUUGAACAGACUUAUCACCCAGCGUAUCUCAGCUGCGAUGUACAAAUCACUAGAUCAGGCUAUUAGCCGCUUUGAAAGUGAAGAUCUGACAUCCAUAGUGGAACUUGAAUGGCUUUUGGAGAUCAAUCGUUUGACACAUAGACUCUUGUGCAACCACAUGACCUUGGACAGUUUUGAUGCCAUGUUCCGCGAGGCCAAUCAUAAUGUUUCAGCUCCUUAUGGGCGCAUCACGUUGCAUGUCUUCUGGGAGCUAAACUUUGACUUUCUACCUAAUUACUGCUACAAUGGGUCUACUAACAGGUUUGUGCGGACAGCAAUUCCAUUCACCCAAGAACCCCAGAGAGAUAAACCCGCCAAUGUUCAGCCAUAUUACCUUUAUGGUUCAAAGCCACUCAACAUUGCAUACAGCCACAUUUAUAGCUCUUACCGAAACUUUGUGGGACCUCCCCAUUUCAAGACAAUCUGCCGACUCCUUGGAUACCAAGGGAUUGCUGUUGUGAUGGAAGAAUUGCUGAAGAUUGUCAAAAGCCUGCUGCAAGGAACCAUCCUUCAGUAUGUGAAGACCUUGAUAGAGGUGAUGCCGAAGAUCUGCCGCCUGCCAAGGCAUGAGUAUGGAUCUCCAGGAAUCCUGGAGUUUUUCCAUCACCAGCUGAAGGACAUAAUUGAAUAUGCAGAACUAAAGACUGAUGUAUUCCAAAGUCUGAGGGAAGUGGGUAAUGCCAUUCUUUUCUGCCUUCUCAUAGAGCAGGCCCUGUCCCAGGAAGAAGUGUGUGAUUUGCUGCAUGCUGCUCCCUUCCAAAAUAUUUUGCCCAGGGUCUACAUCAAAGAAGGAGAACGCUUGGAGGUACGCAUGAAGCGUCUCGAAGCCAAAUAUGCCCCACUUCACCUGGUUCCCUUAAUAGAGAGGCUGGGAACUCCUCAGCAAAUAGCCAUAGCCCGUGAAGGAGACUUGCUGACCAAGGAGAGAUUGUGCUGUGGGCUGUCCAUGUUUGAAGUUAUCCUGACCCGCAUUCGUAGCUACCUCCAAGAUCCCAUCUGGCGUGGGCCUCCCCCGACAAACGGCGUCAUGCAUGUUGAUGAAUGUGUUGAAUUUCACCGGCUCUGGAGCGCCAUGCAAUUUGUGUACUGCAUUCCAGUUGGAACAAAUGAAUUCACUGCUGAACAGUGCUUUGGAGAUGGCUUAAACUGGGCUGGUUGCUCAGUCAUAGUUCUUCUGGGGCAACAGCGUCGUUUUGACCUUUUUGACUUCUGCUAUCAUCUGUUAAAAGUGCAAAGACAGGAUGGGAAGGAUGAAAUCAUAAAGAAUGUGCCACUUAAGAAAAUGGCUGACAGGAUCAGGAAGUACCAAAUUCUGAACAAUGAGAUUUUUGCCAUCCUGAACAAAUACAUGAAAUCGGUGGAAACAGACAGUUCAACAGUUGAGCAUGUGCGCUGCUUCCAGCCCCCCAUCCAUCAGUCCUUGGCCACAACAUGUUAAAUUUUCAGCCUUGGAAAUACAGUGUGAAGAUUUGUGUCUUUCCAUUGGAUAUUGGCGAGAAAGGUUGGACUUCAGCUGUUGGAAGCCAAACAGCUGCAAACACAGGUCCCGCAACAAAACAGACAUGGAUGGAUCCAGUACACAAAGAUGCAUUUCCUAGAAGACUCAUUUGAAUGCAUGUUCUUCUAUAUCUUUCUGGCUGGCUUUAACUAUAGUGUUGAAACUGUGGUGAGAAGAAGCAGAAAGUGUUUUUUUUUUUUCCUCCUGGGGUUUCCUUUAUUUUCAUGACAACCCAUAAUCAUCUGAUCAAGCACAAAAAUCUGCAGUCUUUAAAUGGUCAUUGUUUUUGAGAUUCCAGUUAAAGAAGCCCACAUUUCAAAAUGUUGCAAGUCUUCCACUUGGUGCACACUGAAUAGUUUUCCUUGAUAACUUGGUUUUGUGAUAUAAGUGCUUAAACAUUUUGAAAUAAUGAGGUUUCUCCCCCUGUAGGUGAUACAGAAAAAGCAUCCUAUUGUUUUAGAAUAGCAUAUAAUUGUUUACUUGAAAUUAACAGGUUUUUGCUAUAAUUGUUAUCUCGCCUUCUAGAAUUACUUUGCUAAGCCAAAUUUGGAAUUAGUUUACAGUGGAAUUUUAACAAACAAAUUUUCUCAGUUUUUGCGUUGACUGACAAUGCUAUGGAGAAGGGAAAACAAAGUAAUGCUUUCUUUUCAAUCUCUUUCUUGACAUGAAUACAUCUGAGCUAAUAUUUGUUUCUUACUGUUAGAAUUACAGACAGUCAUUGUCUAUAUGUGAUACACAUUGUAAUGGCCUCAGCCCUUAGUGAAGUUAGCAGGCCACGUCUUCUUUGAAGGUUGAUUGGAAACGGGGUUCAUCUUUUGAGCUCAACAUUUUUUUCUCUUUGGAAUGCUUUUAGUAAAAGAAUGAGGUUGUUACAUUUCUGUAUUCCUGAAAAUGGAAAUCUAUGAUAAUUCAAAACUAUAGAUCCAUAUUUAGUAAUCAAAAGGAAAUGCUCUUAGGAAUACAUGCAACAAAAUCUUUGUUCUAAGCAACAGCUUGUCUUCCUUUAAUAUGUAUGGUUCCAAUAACAUAUGGAUUUCCCAUAGCUGAUUUAAAAAUGAAAAAGCUUAUAGAAUGAAGAGGAAAGAUAAUUUGAGAACACAUAUGUGCUAUUCUUCAUAAUAGAUCUCUUACUUUCUUCAUCCAGGAGAUAAAUCCAUGUAAUUUGAAUGAGAGGGCACUACACACAGUCAGGAGAAAUUAAGUCAGACACUUUCCAUAACAGAUCUGUACUAUAGGAGAAGGUACGCCUUAAAGAGACAAGAUCGGGCAAGAAUGAUGAAAGAGAAACAGAACUAUUAAGUCAGUCACAACUCUUAUCAGAUGAGAAGAUCUUCAGGAGUCCAAAUAUGACAGUAAAAAAGAUUUUGAGGAUAAAAGCUACCCAGUUUAGCAAGUCUAAUUACCCAAGCAGAACUAGUUUAAUUACCAAAGCUGGAGCAUGUAACAGGAAAUAAAAGGAAAAGGGAGGAUCUUUUAAGACCUUAAGAGAAUAAUUCACUUCUGAGUUCUUUUGGUAUACUCUAAGGCAGGGUCAAGUCAAACUCAUGGCAUCAUGGUGGCAUCACGUGACGUAUCGUGACUUUUUUCCCCUUCGCUAAACCGAGUGUAGGUGUGGCCAGUGUGUGAUGCAUCCGGCCCGCAGGCCGCGAGUUUGACAGCCCUGCUCUAAGGGACUUGAUAGAAUUCAUCAAGCAAGUUCCUCUGUAAUUCUCCAGGGUAAAAAGAUGAAUUUUAGAAUGAAAUCCUCUAACAGUUCAGAUUAAUUUCCUAUAAAAAAAAUAUACGUUGCUCUAUUGUUGCUUACAGUUUCAAAAUUAAUUCAAAAUAUUAAAGAUUUAGACAGUUUUCCUUGUUUGUUCAGAACUGCAAGGGUAUAGUGCAUUAAAAAGUUCCUUUAUGUAAAUGAAUGAUAGUAUGCAAGACAGUAGUUGUCUUCUAUUCAUCUAUGGAGGCUCAAUCAUUAGAACAUCUUGGUAAUUUGUUGCUGGUGCCAUUUUAAGGUAAUGAACUGUGAAAUUCUUAGGGUGGAGAUGGUGUUAGAGGUGUUUCCCUGCUCUUUAGCCUGCAAAAUAUAAACUCAGGCUCUUUCAAUGUUGGAGGUUUUCCAACAGGUGCAGAUUCUUCCAUAAUAGCUGGCUUUUGACCUUAUCUUGUUCAAGACUAGUUUUGCCAAAUUUGCUGUCCUCCAGAAUUUUGGGCCCAGCUCUGAUGGGAAGAUGCCAAAGAGGGGCAAUCUAGCUAAGAUUUUGUUUUCCAUCGUUUAGAUCUUAGAAAUUUUCACCUGUGCUUUUUCUUCUUUAUCAUAAAUGCAUAUUUAAUUACUGUUCUUCACAAUGUGCCAGGUGUUAUUAAACCAGGAUCUACUAAUACUGAUAAAAAUACAAAAAAAGGCUAGCUUAAUGUUCUCUGUUUUCAAUCUUGUAAGAACAUUAUGUCCUAAGCAAUAGCAGCAGCAUAACAUUAUUAGUAUUAAGUAUGUGGCCUUUCUUAAAUGCCUUCUUUCCACUGAAGAUUUACAUCUCUUUAUAGAGAAGUUGAUGGAAUAUUGUUUCACAUAUCAUAUUUGUUUCCUAUGUAUAAGAACUGAGGCAGCUAUUCAAGUGGUAAGUUAUUUCAGCUUUUUUUCAUGCAACAAAACCAUGAUAUCAGCAACACUAACCCCUCUAUCCACGAGCAUCAAAGCAGAUAUUCAAAUAUACAGUUUUCUUAUCUGUACUAAGGAAAUAUUCACCUAAUCGUACAUUGUUUGCUUUUCACAUGAGCUCAAACCUUGCAAGACCAGAUUCCAUGUUGAAUAGAAGGCAACAUCUGUUCAGUUCUUUAUGUGAAAACAUUUUCAGAACAAAAAGUACAUUGCGUAUGCAAAUGUCUGAUUUAGUGUAAUAUCUCAGGGGUGAUGUUGGGACUGGGCUCAUUCUUAACAUUCAAUGGGUUUGUGGUGGUUAAAUAGGGGUCUCUUGUACUGAUGGAAAUAUGAAAAACUCAUAGAAUUAAGACUCUGUACACAGACAGCAAUGGUGAACAAAAGAGUUCAGAGGAGGGAAAUGUCCUGCUCUUUCCAAUCUCAAAUUUCUGCCAGAACAGUUUGAGUGUUUUGUGAUUUUUAUGGAAAGCAAAUACAAUAUUGCCAGAACUCCUUAACAUCACAGUUUCUACCAUAGUAAACCUUGAUUAACUUUAAAAAACAAAGCAAACUUUAAAAACUAAACCAAACAUGAACAUAUUCUUGUGAUUGAUUUUGAAUUCACUUGGCAAGAUAGGCAGGUGUUCUGCUCCUCGUUCUUUUCUUUCUUCUUCUUCUUCUUCUUACAGCAUUAAAUAUGGUAAAUAAAAAAAUGUAGUUACCCAUCAGAGCUGGAUACUGUAUCCCGCAGUUCUAAAUUUUACAGUUAUCUUCAAAACAAAUAUCCUCCCAAAGUAUCUGCUGUAGGAUUGGUAUAACAUUCUAUAUCUUGUUUUCUGAACAAGUGUGUAGAGAACAAUAAUUCUAAUAAGCAUUUUCAGUCAUGUGAAAGAAGUUUGUUGGGUUCUGCUUUUAUAUCACUAUUACAAAAGAAUUCUCAAUCACUCCCAGAAAAAGAAAUCAAUACUACUUAUGGGGAAAUCCUAAAUAUUGUACAAAACCAUGUAUUUCCUGUUCUUAUGAAUGAGAAGGAAAAUAUGAUUUUCAAUAAGCAAAUAAUAGAAAAAUUGGGAUUGAGAAACCCUAACUACCUCUUUUUCAGUUAUUUGCAACUUUCAAGGUUCAUUUUCAAUAACAACAAGUUUUGGUGCAUUAAACUAUCCAACCACAUAUGAUAUAAAGUUUGGUUGGUAAUCAUUCUUCAUGGGAAUUAGCAAUUUACAAAAAUGCAUUAUGAGUCCUUUAAACUAAGAAAAGUACAAAACAGUGACCUCUUCAAACCAUUUUGAUUCCCUCUAGCUCAGUUAGAUUGCUCUCAUUUUGGUUUUAAUGAUUUCAGAUGAAAAACAAAUGAUUUGAACUGAAAUAUACACUUGAAUUAUAUUCCUUUCCCCAGCAGCACUUGUCAGAUAUAUCAGAGCCCAUAGUAAUUCCCCUGCUUUUCUGUAUUAAUCUGCAUUUCAUUAGUAUUUGGAUAUUUGAGAACAUAAACACAAUCUUUUUUUAAAAGGAAAAUAUAAGGAAAAUCUUUGUGUAAUUCUUCCAAAUGUAUCCUGUUUGUAUGAAAAAUGUCUAAGUUUUUUUGUACAAUGAUUUUACAUUUAUUUAUGGUGCAGUAUAUUUACAGCAGUGAUCAGCUAUGGUGUUUGAAUCAUAUUUGCUAAGCAGCAGAAAAUGGUAUAUAUUGUUUUAUAUUUUUUGUUCUUUCAUCAUUGGUCAACAGAGGUUUUGUUGCUGUUCCAAUGCUUCUCUAAUAAUAAGAUACCUUGCGUGCUAUGACAUGAUGAUGACCUGUAUUGCAGUUUCAAACAAUGUGUACAAUAAACUUGGGAUGAAUCUAAGGGGAAAAUUUGAAAUAAUAAAUGUGUGAACACGAGGAUGAAGAAA